AUGAACCGCCUACUAGGGAGCCAAAUAUUGAAGCCAGCAGUUAGGUGGCAAUCUGCUUUGAAAGCUCCUCGCAACGUAUUCUUUCCCGAAACAGUCGUCACAACAUUGCCAAGUGGAUUUCGUGUAGCUACAGAAGACACUAAAAUCCCUACAGCUACGAUUGGUGUUUGGAUCGAUGCUGGUUCAAGGUAUGAAAACGAAAGGAAUAACGGAACGGCUCAUUUUCUUGAGCAUAUGGCGUUCAAGGGAACGUCUCGUCGUACGAGAAAUGCGCUAGAGCUGGAAGUGGAAAAUAUCGGAGCUCAUCUAAAUGCGUACACUUCACGUGAACAGACUGUUUACUACGCUAAAUGUUUCUCUACUGAUCUUGAGCAAUCCGUCGACAUUCUCUCCGACAUUUUGCUGAAUAGCAAUUUGAAUCCUCGUGAUAUCGAAGCAGAGCGUAGCGUAAUUUUACGGGAAAUGCAAGAAGUGGAACAAAACUUUCAGGAAGUUGUUUUCGAUCAUCUUCAUACAGGUGUGUUCGCGGGUAAUCCGCUGUCAAUGACUAUACUUGGUCCUGUAGAGAAUAUCAACUCUAUUAAACGGAAUGAUCUCACGGAAUAUAUUCAAACCCAUUAUCGGUCAGGACGCAUGGUACUAAGCGCUGCAGGAGGUGUACGCCAUGAUGAAGUUGUACGAUUAGCCGAGAAGUAUUUUGGUGGUCUCAAUCAUGGAGAUGCGUCGGCUAAUUUCCACCCAGCGGUGUACAAACCUUGCCAGAUACAUUUACCAGUAGAUGGAAUGGAUUCUAUCUAUGGUGCAAUUGUGGUUGAGGGUGUUUCGUGGACACAUGAAGACAACCUGGCGCUGAUGGUGGCGAAUACUCUUAUUGGUGAAUGGGAUAGGAGUCGCGGCUUUGGUGUGAACGCUCCGUCGCGGCUAGCUGUCCGCCUUGGUCGAAACGCUGGCGUGCAGUCAUUCCAGGCCUUCAACACUUGUUAUAAGGACACAGGUCUUAUUGGCGUUUAUUUUGUCGCAGAAGAAUCUGCCAGCGAUGCACUAGUUGAUGGUGUAGUGGAUGAGUGGCGUUGGUUAGCCGAUGAGGUUGACGCCGAGCAAGUGGAGUGUGGAAAGCGGACAUUGCUGACAAAUCUCUUUGUUGAUGCUCGAUGGCUCUACACCAAUUUGUGA